AUAAAUAUAUAUAGAUGUAAGAAAAGAAAAAUACAACAAAAGCGGUAGUACUAGGGUAUACAGUUGAUGCCGUUUUUCUAUUCGCAUCAUUACAUUCUUGUUCUUUACUUGAUUGUAGUCGUGCACAGUGUGGCAGUUUUUAUUCUCAAACUCGAGCUCUAGGUAUCCAAUAUCAUUGUCUAUAUAACGAUUGAUCGUAUUUUUAUAUAGUUUGCUAUUAACUUUUAAAUCUACUCAGUAAUUGUCUCAUCGCACGACAUUAUAACGUGUUAGUAAAGUACAAAAUUAUAUUAGAAGUAUCUAGUACUUACAGUAUACACUUAUACAUAUAUAUAUAUAUAUUAUCUACUCAUGUAAAAAUGUAUUUUCACGAGCGUCAGUGCAUCAUUAUUUGUCAAGACUGCCAAAACCAAGUUUGCUGAUGCCAUGUCCGAUUUAAAUACAAAUAAUAAUAAUAAUAAUAACAUUAAUAAUAAUAAUCAGGACGCUAUUAGUCCAACUUUAUCCAACAAUCUCCGAAGAUUUCGCUUUCAAAAGAAACCUCUUGAUAAAUUAAAAAUGUCUGACGAAGAUAGCAAUCUAGCGAGUCCAGACAUUCAAGUUCGUCGGAAAGCGGUAAAUCGCAUUGAAGAUAGUGACAGUGAUGCCGGUCCACCUGCCAAAUCUUAUGAUAAUAAAAAGUCGGAUUCUGACAGUAAGGAUAAUGAUGAAACUAGUGACAAAGAUGAAAAGUUAGCGUACCUGAUUAAUUUACAUCCAGAUCGUGACACUGAUAUUAUUCAAGAAGUAUUAAGUAGCGUUAAUUGGGAUUUAGAUAAAGCUAAAGCUAAAUUAAGUGCUAACAGAAAAAGAAAAAAUAAUUCAUCAAAAUCAAAUAAAAAAAAACGUCGAAAACGUCGUGAUAUGGAUGAGGAAGAUGGUGACGUUGAUUCUGAUGAAAAAACUUACAAAAGCAAAGUAUUUGAUAGUGAUGAUGAUUCAGAUGUUGAAAUUUCGAAUGAAUUAACUGGUGACAAAAAAGCAGUAUUAGAUUUUAUGCAGACCGCGUUGUUGUCUGAGCUACUAAUGAUGCAUCAGUGCUCGCAGAAAAAAGCCGAAGCAAUAAUGGCAGCUCGGCCAUUUGAUGACUGGCGGGACCUGGUGGAUAAGUUCCAGCACAACAAAUACCUUGACACGGAGUUACUUAAUUCAGCUCAGGUACUACUGGCGACUCGUAACGUAGUCGAGGCACUUAUGAAAAAGUGUCUGCGACUGUCGGUAAAUAUGGAGAAAGCUGUCGCAGCUGGUGCUUCAAUGGUUAAAGAGCAGCCAAAGAGUUUGAAUCCAGAGUUCAAGUUGACGGCUUAUCAAAUGGUCGGUCUUAAUUGGCUCGCUGUACUCCACUCGCAAAAUGUUAAUGGUAUUCUUGCUGAUGAAAUGGGCCUUGGAAAGACUAUUCAAGUUAUUGCUUUCUUAACGUACUUAAAGGAGGCUAAUUUGGUUGGAGAAAAUGAUGGUCCACAUCUCAUUAUUGUCCCUAGCUCGACAAUGAAUAAUUGGAUCAACGAAUUCGAACGUUGGUCACCGGGCCUAAAUGUCGUACAGUAUUAUGGCAACCCAGAUGAACGUAAAGACAUACGAAUGGGCUGGCGUCAAGGUGAACUGGAUGACGUUGACGUCAUCAUAACGACUUACAAUCUUACAAGCAGCUCACCAGAAGAACGUCGUCUGUUUCGUGUACUACCAAUCACUUAUGUGGUAAUUGAUGAAGCACAUAUGCUUAAAAAUAUGAGUACUAUUAGGUAUGAAAAUCUCGUAAGAAUAAAUGCCAAGCAUCGGAUUCUAUUAACCGGAACUCCACUGCAAAAUAAUCUUCUGGAACUCAUGUCACUGUUGGUAUUCGUAAUGCCCUCGUUGUUCGCUGGCAAACAAAAUGAUUUAAAGAGUUUGUUUUCGAAGAAUCCAAAGAUCGCAGCGUCUGGUAAAGAUCAGCCGUUCUUUGAACGCGAGCAGGUAAAAAAUGCCAAGCAGAUUAUGCGACCGUUCGUACUAAGACGUUUAAAGUCCCAGGUACUGAAGGACUUGCCAAUAAAGACUGAAGAAGUUAUCAAGUGCAGCUUGACUAAGAAACAAAGUGAGAUGUACAAAGAUUUGAUGAGUGAGUUUUCAGAAGAAGCUGGCAGUGGUGUCCCAUUCAAUGGCCCGGGUAUGAUGAUGCAGCUCAGGAAGCUUGCAAAUCAUCCGCUCUUACUUAGAAAUUACUACGACGAGAGUAAAUUACGGCCUAUGGCUAAAAAACUCGCCAAAGAUCCGACUUACAAGGAAACAAAUCCUGAUCAUGUUUUCGAUGAUCUCUUUUGGAUGUCGGACUAUGCCAUCAAUCAGUUGUCGCGGUUCCACAGGUGCCUUGCUGGACAUGGAUUACCUCAGGAAAUGGUUCUCCAGUCAGCAAAGCUGGAGAAACUCGACGAAUUGCUGCCGCAAAUGAAAAAAGAUGGCCACAGGGUUUUAAUUUUUAGUCAAUUUACAAUGUUAUUGGAUAUUCUCGAAGAAUAUUUAACAAUACGCUGCCACAAAUUUUUAAGACUGGAUGGUCAAACGCCAGUUCCUGACAGACAGGCUUUGAUCGACGAGUAUACUGAAGACCCAUCAAUAUUUAUAUUUCUUUUGUCCACAAGAGCUGGCGGAUUAGGUAUUAAUCUAACUGCUGCUGAUACUGUUAUUAUUCAUGAUAUUGAUUUCAAUCCUUAUAAUGACAAACAAGCUGAAGAUCGAUCUCACCGCAUGGGACAAAAGAAGGAUGUUCGUAUAAUAAGAUUUUUAGCAGAAAAAACAAUUGAAGAAGGAAUGUAUGAAAUUGCUCAAGAGAAAUUACAUUUAGAAGCACAAAUAACUGAAAACGAAGAAAACGAAAAUACCGAUAGGAAAAGUGUACUGAAACUACUCAAGAUGACAUUAGGCCAAGAUAUUCACAAUAAAUCGCUGUCACUGAGUCCCACCAAGGCGUCAAAUAAAUCCUGGGAAGAAAUAAAAGUUGAAGAAUUUUAAAUAUUUUUUUACACAACUGCGGUGUCAUCAGCAUCAACUUUUUUUGUAGCACAAUUGAGAUGACGAUUUUAAUCUUUUUUUAACUACCAGUGAAAUGUUUUUAUUAUAAAACCACUCAUGUUUGAUAUUAUUAUUAUUAAUAUUUAAUUUAAUCAAUUAUAUCAUCACUCAUAUUUAACAAAACCUAAUUGUGUAACUAAAUUAAUUAUUUUGUCAUAAUCCACCGCCAGACCACAUUCCACUAUUUAUUUAUUAUU